AUGGCUCGCAAGUCCUCGGGGUCCGCUUCUAGCCCUCAUCUUCCUCCGCUCCAGCCUGCCGUCAACCACACCUCCGACUUCGCCGCCGCCGACACCCCCUCGCUGUCGACGCCCUUCAAGCUCGACGAGGGUUACUCCGAUGAGACGAAAACUCAAGUCGAGAAGAAGGACCUGGCGAUUCCCGCCUCGGAUGAGUGGAUGACGCUCCAAGAGUGGGUUCUCACGCACAGCGAGACCGAAAGAGCUGAGCUGGCCUUUAACCUUCUUCGCACCAUGCGCGCAUCCACCGUGGCCUCCGUGAUCGAGCGCCUGGCGCCGCGCCUGCACAUGGAUCCGGUGUUGAAACUCCCGCCCGAGAUCACCUCCGAGAUCUUUUCCUACCUCGACCCACAAACGCUGUUGAUGGCUUCCCUGGCCUCCCGUGCCUGGCGCAAUCGCAUUUCAGACUCGCGCCUGUGGAAAGACCUCUACAUCAACGAAGGCUGGAAGGUGGAUAUGGACGCUGUUCGCACGUUUGAGCAGGAACACUCGGGACUUCCAUCUCCACAGUUACGGAAAUCCCGCUCGAGGCAUACCGACCCGGAUAGUGGGGAGCCGAAGCAGAAGAAGCGAGUACCACCCAGCUGGUUGAACUCACGGACAACCGGAUCGCUCGGUCGGAAAACGAGGCCGGAAAACGGGCAAAGGCAUGCGGCGGAGGAGGAGGCAGAUAAUGAAGGCGACCUUCCCAUGGGGGAUGUAUCCACCGAGAGGAGCACAUUGUUCUCUCCGGAAGAGCAAACGACAAGCCCAAGCCGACGGCGCGAGUCUCACUUCGGAUCGACUCAGCUCAAACUCGGUGGAAAUGGAUUGUCGGCAGAUACGCGCCGUCCGAACUCAUCGCUUCUUAUUCGGAUGCCCAAUGGCACGGCCAAAGUCAACUGGCUUCACCUCUACAUGCUACGAAGAAAAUUGGAGGAGAACUGGGCUAAAGGCCGUUUCACAAACUUCCAACUGCCACAUCCGGCACACAUGGAAGAGGCCCACCAAGAGUGCGUCUACGCGAUCCAAUUCACCGGCAAAUGGUUGGUCAGUGGUAGUCGGGAUAAAACCCUAAGAGUCUGGGAUCUAGAUACGAAGCGCCUGUGGCACCCACCGCUGCUGGGCCAUACAAAGUCGGUACUCUGCCUACAGUUUGACCCUCGUCCUUCAGAGGAUAUCAUCAUCUCGGGCAGCAGCGAUAAAAGCGUCAUCAUCUGGCGAUUCUCCACCGGCGAAAAGCUCCAUGAGAUCACAGCCGCCCAUGACGACUCCGUAUUGAAUCUUCGCUUUGACGAGCGGUACAUUGUAACCUGCUCCAAGGAUACGCUCAUCAAGGUCUGGAGCCGACACCAGCUCUCCCCAGCCGACAAGGACUACCCUAGCAUGUUCUUCGGCACCGGCGUAACCUAUCCGUCCUACAUAAUCGAUACGGCGGAGAUGCCCUCCCCGGUGCUGGAAGCCGAACUUGCCAACGGCCACAUCAAGAGUCUCGCCCCUUUCUCCCUCCUGAUGACCAUAGACGGACACACUGCCGCCGUGAAUGCCAUCCAGCUCAACGAGGACGAGAUCGUCUCCGCCUCGGGAGAUCGACUGAUCAAGGUCUGGAACCUCCGCAACGGCGCCUGCAAGAAGACCGUCAUCGGCCACGAGAAGGGCAUCGCCUGCGUGCAGGUCGACAACCGCCGGAUCAUCAGCGGGAGCAACGACGACACCGUCCGGAUCUUCGACCACGCCUCCGGCGCCGAAGUUGCCUGCCUCCACGGCCACGGCAACCUGGUCCGGACCGUCCAAGCCGGGUUCGGCGACCCGCCCGGCGCGGAGGAGACUCUCCGCCUCGAAGCCCUCGCCGUGGACAACGCAUUCCGCGACGCGCAGCGCUCGGGGGCCAGCGUCGACCUCGGACCCCGCGCCCUCCGCCGCGCCGGCUACACGCAGAACACCACCGGCUCCCGCGACCCGCGGGACAUCAAGGCCCUGGGCGCGAAGAUCCCCCCCGGCGGCGGCGGCAGCCGGUGGGCUCGCAUCGUCUCCGGCUCCUACGACGAGUCCAUCAUCAUCUGGAAGAAAUGCAAGGAAGGCCGCUGGGUGGUCGGCCAGCGCCUGCGUCAGGAGGACGCAGCUACCAGCGCCGCCUACGUGGUCUCCGACCCGGCCGCCCGCGCUGCUACCGCUCGAUCGAACGCUUUUGCCCAGCAGCAACAACACCUCCAAACCCCCGGCGCAGCAGCAGCACAGAACCAACAAACCCCCCUUCCCACCACAGUCUCGGCCUCAGCACCCCAAGCAGCAGGAGGAGGAGGAGCCCUCCAAACCCUACAAGCCAUAACAGCCCGCCUCGCCGGCCAAGCCCAGCAGCAACCGCAACCAGGCCCAACCCCAACCCCACCCGCCGCCAGCCGGGCCCAGCCCCAGCCCCCCAUGAACAUGAACGGCAUCAUCAACCCAGCCCUCCACCAACCUCCCCAUCCUUUAGGACCAGCACACCAACAACAACAGCAACAACAACAACAACAACAACAACAACAACAACAACAACAACAACAACAACAACCCCACCCCCACCCCCGCCCGCGCCACCACCCGCGCGACGCAAGCGCCGUCCCCACCUCGCGCGUCUUCAAGCUCCAAUUCGACGCCCACAAGAUCAUCUGCUCGAGUCAGGACCCGCGCAUCGUCGGCUGGGACUUUGUCGGCGACGACGAGGAGCUGCGCGAGGCGUGCCGGUUCUUCAUGUGUCUCUGAUUCAGCCUUCUUCUCGUCUCGCGAAGGGGUCGACAGUCGACAUGAUUCUGUCAGUGGGUGCGGGUCUGGUUGGGGCAUGGGCAUGGGCAUGGGCGUGGGCAUGGGAUGGUUUGAAGGAACACCGUACCUCAACUUGGUGCUUUCCCAGACACAAAGAAAUUCCGCGGCUGUCUUCGCAACACACACAUCGUACACUUGGGUUUGGAUCCGGGCUUGGGUCUGGGCCUGGGUCUAGGUCUAGCUAGGUCUGGUCUGGUCUGGUCUAGCUCUGACUCGGCAAGUACAGUACAUCUAGUACUUACUGUCUCAUCUUUCACGCGCCAAGCUUCUAUUCUUGUCAUUCAACUCUCCCCUUCUCGCUAUCGCUUCAAUUCGGGGGUGUUUCAGACUGAGAACGGUCG